AUGUUUAAACUAAAGAAUAAACUGAAAAGUAAAUUUAAAUCGUCGAAAAUCGACUGCCACCCGGACGAUUUCAGUGUUCUAUCGUUCGACUUCAGUCCCGAAUCGUCGUUGGCUCCACCGCCGACUGCAGCCGAGCAGUCCGAUAGUAACACGAACAACGACGGCUGUGAUCCACCCCCGGGAAGCAUUGAGGAAAGUGACCCAAUCACUCCCAACGACAGCGGAGACAGUGGCCAAAAUUCUUCAUCCAUGAACUACAGCUGCUGCUACAAUUAUAAUUUCAACAUCAAUUACAACUUCUCGCCUCCGCCCCAUGGAUGCAGCGCCGGUCAUGCGUCCCCAAAGUGGUGCGACGAGGAAAUUUUCGAAGAACUCCAUAUGUUCGACAGUGAUAGCAAUUUGAUGUCGGAAAGCCCGGUAGAACCAAUUAAGAAGAGUAAAAGCGGAAAGAAGGUCCGACCGGUUUCAACGGAUCGAAGCAAGAGAAGUAUGUCGAGUAUGUCUUCCAAAGUGACACCGGGUAAUCCAAGGUUGCUGAAAGCCUCAAUGAGGUCUCCACGCUGUCUAUCGACGAGUGAUUUGUCUACGUACAAAGGCAGUGGCUACAGCGACAACAGCCAAGACUACCACAACAUUUGCAAUCGAUUGCACUCUGUCAAGAUAACGGAAAUGUUGGAUCAAAAGGGAGCGAACCUGACCGAUCAUGAUCGAAGGAUUCUGCACUGCAUGGUUCUGAAACGGAUAAAGGAAAUCGAACGAAUGGAAGAGUCCGUUGUGGCGAAGCAAUGCUGGGAACAUGAAAAGGAAUACCGCAAGUCGUUGCUCGACGAACAGGAACGUAACUACAAGAAAGCGAUUCGACAGAAGCGAAACAUCGAAAAACUUGAGAUUCGCAAUCGCAAGCAGAGACUGGAACGGUUGGAGCAGCAGCAGAUUGAGAAAAUCCAAAACGAAAUCUCUGAGAAGGACAUCCGAUCGUCCAGUUUGCUCAAGACAUUAGAAAUCCAGAAGGGCAUCAAAGAGUGCGAGAAGAAGAGUCGAGAACUGAAGCGCAUCGAAGAAGCCACAAUCAAUCAGGAGGAUAAAACACUGGACAAGGACAUCUGGCGACAAGCGUUGGUCGAUCAUCUGGAAGAACGUGUUCAGCGAGCGGACGAACUAAGACACCGAGUUAUGGAUGUCUACAAGCGUCGGGUGAAGAUCGACAAUCAGCUGGAGAAGAAGAUGCAUGCCCACAAUCUGAAGCAGACGCUCGAACAAGAGCGAUACAAAUUGAUGAAGCUGCAGGAACGGAUCAUGACGCGGGAAAGCCGAUUCCAGCGGUUCAAGGACAGCAAGAAGCGUAUCUUCGAUCAGCUGAAGAAUCGUGCCAAAACGACGGCCGCCCUGCGAGACAUGGUGAAGCAUUCGAUUAGUCCGGAUAUCUGUGCGAAGACGGUCGUCGGCAGCCAGCAGCGGGUGAUCAAUGUGGUGCAGGUGAAAUGA